GUAUAUUUUAUCUUUAUGACUGUAUUGAAUUUAUUCAUGCUCCAUUCAGAGUGAACAUCGCUGCCAAGAAACCGUUACUGAGCCAGGUAUGACUGAUUUCUUUAUAGAUUUGUGUAAGUACUUAGAUUAUAUAGUAUAAUAUAUGACUGUAUCACCAGAGAGAUGCUGUCUGUCAUAAUAAUAAUUCGAUUUUCCUGAGGUUUUUCAAUAUGCAGAAUAAUAAACAUCUAAAUAUGCAACCACCUUCUCAGCCUCAUGGUCUAUUUAUAUCGAUGAUUUUUACUCUUUUCAAAAAAUGUUCCACUGAAAUGAACGAAGGAGAAUAUUAUUGCAACGGAAAGGGAGUAUAUAGUAUUUCCAUAGAGUCAAGAUAUUAUGUAAGUAUUUAAGAUGACUUUAAGAACUAGUUUGAAGCAUUGUUUUUGUGUUUGGAUAAAGAGUCUUACCGCGUGAUGAUAUUGGCUUUAACAUUUCUGCCUAUCAUACUUUCGAUUGUAUUCAAUAUAUGUUAUUAAAUCUACAAAAUACAUGAUUUUAUUAAAUUGUUCGCCCGGCGGUCAGCUCCUGGUUGUUUAUAUAUAUAUGGCAAUGCAUGCAUUUAAUGUUAGUAAAGAGCUUAUUAAUAACUAAUCGACUGAAAAAGACGACAAUGAAUGAAAUGGAAAGGGCAACUUCAAGCGUAUUUCCCGUCACGUGAAUUAAAACUUAAGUUUGAUAAGCUCAAAAUGAAAUUUGCUGUCGUGGAAAAUGCAAAUCUAACGUAAUUUGGAAAGUUUUCAUUGAGUAUAUAGACACUCAAUGGUGCGGGGCUUACAGACUGCAGUGAAUACGAAAGAGCGACAGUACAGUCGCAGUGUUCAUGUGUCAACAAAGACUACAGUCGCCGUAUAGUGUUCAUGGGUAAACAAAGACAACCAAGACGAUGUCCAAAACAAUCUUUGUAUUUUAAUUAUUCCCGUUCUCGAUGAUAUAUUUCUCCCGUCCUCAUCUCGUUGCCGUCGUGUCUGUUUAAACAUAAUCCUAAUUAUAAUUUUGGUUGUUUAUUCACAAAAUGAAUUAUGAGUCAUGAAUUGCCAUUUGACUUCUUUAGAGAUUUCUUGAAAUAGUUUUAUCAGUAAAGUUGAUUCAACUUUCUACUUUCUAUUUUUUUAUUUUUUUAUUCAAUUACUUUCUACUUUAUAACUUUCUAUAGUCUGCGCGCAGGCUACAUUGACCAUUGCUCGACAUUGCGCUGUAUGUAGAAAUGCACGUUCAUAUGAAUUAUUUCGUAUAUUAACUACUCAAUAUCUCUCUGAGAGAAUAAACGGACACUCAUGUAGACUCAGUGCCGGAACUACUGGGGGGUGUAACACUCUUCCAAAGAAAAGUCAAGGAAGGGGCCCAAUUUCCCCAGAAAGGGGCCCGGAAUGCUGGAAUUGCGGAACGUGUUAAAUAUUAAAGACAGAUUUAGACUAUUCUGAAAAAUGGAGGUCGAGAAAGGACUGAAAAAAUAUUUUUAACACCCACUCCCCCCCCCCUCAUUAUCGCAAAAUAAUGUUUGGAAAACAUGUUUGGGACGGGGUUCUUUGCCAGAAAAACGUCGACAUCGCUCGGCACGUCCCUGCAUGUAGUACAAUCUCCAUACAACCGCAUGAUAAGUUCAGGUCCAUGCACUGGAAAAAGAAAUGUUUAGAAAUCAUAUUUUGCACUAUCAAUAAUGGAAUAGUAUCCACAUUAUUUCCAUACUGCAUCCACUCGGUCGUAAGCAUAUAAGCAUAAAUUAAAACAAAAUAAACGUUGAGUUUUAACAUUGCAAUUUCAACUUGAAACAAAAAGUCUUCUAUUGACCUUGUACUUAAAAAAUAAACCAUUAUUUUGGCGCACUAGAUUUUUAUAAAUUUAAUGUAACGAAUGAGACUAAAGUUGUUUAUUUUAUACAGCUUGGCAUGUGAUAACACAAUAUAUUCAUUAUCUACAGUGUAGUAAUUAUUUUGAUUUGUUAAGUUUGUUUAUGUUUGUUUAUCAAAACUUUAUUUUUCAAUUAUUUAUCAAAACUGCUUUAAGACUAUUUUUCUAGUAACCCCUCCUUCUUCAAGUCAAGAAUCCACAUAACCCUUCCUUCAGCAACUUUCAAAAUUUUGUAAGGGACCGCUCAUUGUUUAUUGUACAGGGGGGGAUUGAGGAGAAACUGGGGGGUGCCUUUAAAUUUUUUUAAACCUGAAAGGGGGAUUUUGAAGAAAAAAAGAGAGAUGAAAGAAGGGGGGGCUUUGAAAAGAUUUACUAGUUUGAAAAAACAUUAGUUAUAAAAAUGUAUCACAAAACAACUUAACAACAAAUAAAAAUGUUUAUAAACCUUUAAUAUUAAUUUUCAUAUAAAAUAGAAGCCAAUUAUCUUCAUGUAAAUAGACAAUUCCCAUUAUAGACUAAUUUUAAAACUAGGCAAAGAGAUGCAAGUAAAUCACCACAGCUAGAAAGAGCUUACUAAAAUGAGUACAAUUGCAAAGUUUGGUUGCGAAAUGUUGUAAAAUAUGGAAAAUAUAGCCUUGCAAAGUUUGCAAAUUUGGUAUACUUUUGUAUUGCAUGCGAAAAUUGCUACCGGCCACAGGCAAUACAAAAGUAUACAAAAUUUGCAAACUUUGGAAGGCGAUAUUUUCCACAUUUUACAACAUUUCGCAACCAAAAUUUGCAAUUUUACUAAUUUUAGUCUGCUCUAUCCAGGAAUAUACUUUUUUUGCUAAGAUAAAAAAUUAGUCUAUAACGGGAAUUGUCUAUAGGUCCCCAUUAUCUAUUUUCGUUUCUCUAAAUAAAGAGCUAGAGUCGGGGGGACCAAAAUUUAUGUUUUUGUUUUGCCUGUUGGAGGGGGCUUUGAAAAUUCUAGUUGUCAUAAGAGGGGGGGAACGAAAAAAUAUUAUAACUGUUGAGUUUCUCCUCAGCCCCCCCCCUGUACAAUAAAUAAUGAGCGGUCCCUAACCCCUCCACAAAAUCAUCCAGCCCCUACCACCCCAUAAAUAAUGACCACUUCCUUAUGCAAGUAAAACAACCUUGCAAAGUUUGCAAUAGACACAUUCUGAGUAUAUACCGUGUUUAUGCAAGUAAAGCAACCUUGCAAUGGACAAGUCGUAUAAAAACUUGUGUAUAAAAAGCAAACCAUAAUCAUGGAAACGUUACUGCAGACUGCAGUGCUUCCAUAUAGACCCUGUAAAGCAUUAAGGUUAUCAAAGCAUUUGCCUCUCAUGCACCGUAUCUCGUUUGACCAAUGGCACUAAACCUAACAAUGUAUGCAGUGUCUCAUUGAGUCUGCACAGGUUCUGUCUGGAUAUCGUGCUGUUGUCGAAAUAACUUUUUAAUUCGAAAAAUAAAAUGGUAAUGAGCCUUAGCAGCCGAUUAUUAAAUUUCAAAUGAUUUUUGUCAUGAAAGGUUGGUUACAUACUUAGAUUAUGAUAUAGGAUUGCAGAUGAAGAGCUCAGUACCCCGUAAUACAGUCUGACAAGUCGUAAUUCCUUGUAUAGCCACUGAUGUUCAAUGAUAACGACCGUUGUAGGCUACAAUUAUUUAAUUAUUUGAUCGGUUUAUUGAAUUAUCAUAUGUGAUAUAUAUGCUAAAUGUUUAUUUCGCACGCCCUCGAUAAUUUUAUUUCCCUACAUUUUGCAGGCCGUGUUCAAUCAAAUCAUUUACAUAAAAAUUCCAAACAACGAUUAUCCAUUGACAUUGAAUACAGGAUUAUCCAACGAUUAGCCGUAACAGCGCAUUUUACGACAUCAUGCAGUAAUCCCGAAUGGUUUUCAUAUUUUCCAGGUUUUGUACUCAUGCAUGUCACACUCACAUAUAAAUCAAAAUAAUAUUGAAUAGAACAAAAUGUAAAAUAAAAUUGUACUUUCUCGUUUACGUUUAUGUUUUGAUAACGCAUGAUGAGCGUAAACUCCUUAUCAACGGCGCAUGUGCGGCGUCAGGACGACGGCUAAACAAACUGUUUGAAAUAAAUGAUUGUAUGGAAAUAUUGUCUUGUGUUUUGAAUUAAACCUCUGCAGACUUAUUCAUUUUUUCUUUUAUCCUAUAGGAUUAAUAUGAUUGUAUUGAUGACCGUCGUCCUGACGUCCCCACGUCUUAAGCCCGUUCUCCACCAGGCGAACUAUUUGUUUGCGCGAACAGUAAAAAAGUAGGAACUGAUCCAACUUUUUCGCGGCGAAUUUUUUCGCUGACCAAUCACAUUGCCAAGAUUUGUUUUUCGCGUCGCCCGAAAAAACUCGCCCAGUGGAGAACGGGCUUUACAUGCGUUCCUAUUCCGAUGCAACAGACGCCAUUUCUAGUGCGAUUUUCUUCUCAUGAAUGUGAACGAGUAGGUGAAUUAGGAAUGUUGAGUUUUGAGUCUCGUAGUAUAUGUACACUCAGCUGAACAUUCAUGACACAUCCACUACGUCCCUAUAACAAAGAAGAAAAUCGCACCUACGAGCUACAAUCGCAGGAAAAAGUGUAAAUGGGCCUUUACUGGCUUUACUUUUCUAAUACUUUAUACUAAGAUUUCCUUCAUCAAUGAACACGAAGCUAGAUUGAGCACGUUUUUGUGAUUGCCUUUCCUUAAACAAAAGUGACCACUCGUUUUUUACAAAAUGUAUUUUUUAGAAUUUACUUGAAUAUUGUGUUUAAUUGUCAUGUUUAGUCCAUAUAUGGUAUAUUAUAAAACCUGGUGUAGUCAACCAAUCACAGAGAGUUUUCCUUUGUGAUGACCCUGUACCAAUUCGGCACAUUCAAAAACAUUAAAUGUGAAAGUUUCGCCGAUGCAUUGUUCUGGUUGAGCCUCCCAGACAGGCGUAUAUGCCGCUGUCUCAAUAUGCAGACUCAAUUGUUUUCCCUGAAAUUUUGCCAACAUUUCAUAUUAUUGAAUUAUAUGAUUCGGGUUUAACAUCCUCCUGUUUCGAAUAUAUUUCUCUGAUCUUAACCCCAGCCAUAACCUUCUAUAUAUACAUAUAUAUCAAUCUGCUUUAUGUCGUGAGGUAUAGAAUAUGUAGCCAAAUAUGUCGUGAGGUAUAGAAUAUGUAGCCGUGUCUAUAUAUAUAUAUAACUGCAAUGAUCACACAACCUAUAUAAUCAUGCCAAGUUUUCCUUUUACAGUGACAUCUCGGUGUAAUUACAGUUUAUAAAUAUUCAACUCAUGAUUUGUUAUUUAUUUCGUGUCUAUAUAUAUAUAUAACUGCAAUACUCAAGUUGGCAAAAAUCUUUAUAGUCAUUACGAUAUAUACAGUGGUGUAUAAUAUAUGGAAAGAAACUUGCUUAUGUGUCGUAUUGUGUCUUGUGUAAGUUUUUUGCACAGUUUCAAAUCAAUAAUCAUUGUGUGAUUUAAUUUUUAAGUAGUUACAUGUGUUGUUACUAAGGACAGCCAAGGACGUGAAAGGAAGCUAUAAAAUUUCAGUCAAAUGUUUUAAAAACGUUCUUUGUUGUUUAUAUGGCAUCUGUGUUAAAAUGAGUUUCCUGUCAGUUCAGACCAACAUAUAACGAUUUUGUUGUGAAAUUGUGUGUUCAGAUUCAUAUAUAUGUCUCGAUUGUUUGCCAUCUCUCUCGCCUGCCUGAGAUUCACUGCUCUUCCUUUGUAUGUCACCACGUGAAGUACAAAGCGGUAUAAUAAAUACGAAAUAAAUGUCUUACUGAGUUAUUGUUAUAUUUUACAAAAUAUCAAUGUGCGUUACAAGACCUCGGUGUGUUUUUCAUUUAAUUUGGGGUUUUUUCAUUGUUUAGGUCAAAUUAUAAGACGGAAAUAAGCUAGAAAGAAACUUGAUCACAAGCUCGCAUUAAUCUGUCAUCAUUGAUUGCUUCAAGGUUUUAACUUCGCGUGGUUGGGCAUGUUAGAACCUGCCAGACUCACAGCUCGGCAAGUGAAUCUCGUGUAAACAUAUUCAUGCAGAAUACUAAUGCCACCUGUUACAAUGCAGCAUCGUAUAAUUUCUCUUCAUGUGAGAUGGAUUGGUCAGAGUUAUUAGCCAGUUUCAUAUUUAAACAGUCUUGUGUGUAACCACAGUUUGAAGAUAUCAUGAGUUGAUCAUGCGUUCAUCUCAACACGGCAGCUAAAUGAACGAAGACCACAAGAUGAAAUCGAGACAGUACUGCAGCUGACAUCAACAUGAUUGUGGAACUGUUUUUCUUGACGCUGUUUACAAAUCAUUUCAUUAUUGUGCAUUCAGGUAUGAUCCAAUAAUCCAAUAUUGUAUAAUCUUCGUUGAAGCGUGCUCUGAAACAAUAUUUCCCUAUUCAGAUAAAUAGUAUUGUAUAUAUAUUUAAAUAUAAUAUUCAUAUAUAAUAUAUGUAUAAUAUUUUGCCAAAUUUCUUGAUACCUGAACUCUGUACAUUUCAUAGAACAUUAUGUACUAGAAUCCAAAUCUUUUGUGAGAAAUAAUCCCAUGAUUUAUCCAAGUCGUAUAUCUGAUUUGGAUUCUUGUCAUAUCUUAAUUGUCACGGUUGCGUUUUAGCAAUAGAAAAGUACAUUCGAUUUUUUAAAUUGCAACACUAUUUGAUGAGAGAAAUCUAUUGAGGCAUUGUAUGAAAUAUUUUACAUAUUCCUCUUUUCGACAAUAAUAAUUACAAAAGUUAAAAUAUAUUUAAGACUUGAGAUGACUGAAAAGGAUAAUUUCUGCGCUCUGCGUGUGUGUAUAUCAUAUUAUCAUAUAUUAAAAUUGGAUCAUGUUCUUUUAAAAUGAAAACAAUUUUUCAAUUAGCUGAUCUCCUACAGUACAGGUUAACUUCAAAAUCAUACAGCAAUUAUCUUCAUAUAGAAAAGUGAAUUUUGUUUUCAAAUUGAAAUUUCACUUCACUGAUCGUACGUCACAGAUGGUUAAAGAGCAAUAGAAAUAAUGCGACCUGAAAUAUGUUUUCCAAACUAAAAGUUUUGCCAAAACUUCGAAUAUCAGCCGUCGCUGUUAAGACAUUCAAUUGCAACAAAGCAAUAUUUAACGACAAUUCGAAAAUGCAAAUGAGCGUAUGAAUGGCGCUGCCCAACCUUUCUUGCAUUGUGAACUCUCGUGACAAUUGUUUUGUCGCCAGAACAAAUCAAAAACGUGGUAUUAAAAGCUCGUAUAUUAUUUUGCAAUGUUUCAAUGAAAAUAUUGACCCUGACAAAUUCAUUAUAAGAUAUCAUUUGUUUUCCACACGAAGACAGAAACAUGAAUAUUUCAAAAGAAAGGGAAUACUUAUAAAAUAUUUAAAUGUUUUUAUCUGAAUGAAUAGAAUUUCACACGUAGUUUAUAUCGGAUCGAUUUUAAUAUAUUAUCUUUUAAACUUUAUAGUCAGCCCGAAAGGCAAUAACAGGCAGGAACAGUACAUAUUGAAGUAUUUUCCAUUGAUAUAUUAUCAUACGAUAUCCUAUAGCAGUAACUAGGGAACAUAUCUUUCUUAAUGGAAUGAUGCCUCAUUCAAAAUGCGUAGAAAGAGCAACGAUCGCGUAUUAUGGCGCUGACUGAUGUGCAACAAACAGAAGAAAUUUAUACGACACAUGAGUGUUUUCAAAAUAGAAUUAUAUUGAAACAGCUUUUCAAUUAUUUACACAGGAGGUAGAUGAAAUCACAAAUGAAUGGCUUAUUAUAUAAUUUAUGUAUGCACUUUUAAGAAUAACACAACGUCAUGAUUUGAAGAUUGCCGAAGUGUUUGAUGCAAAUAUGUGUACAAAUCAAUAUAUUUUAUAUUCUGCAAACUCACGAAUUCAAUGCAUCCAGUUGUUCCAACUACCAUCAGUCAGUGCAAGAAUAAUGCGCCAGGCUGUCAGAUACUGUCCAUGAGUAAUGGUUUUUGCGAUGAACAUUGAACUUUGUUUUGAAAAUUCUUCAACUCGUGACACAGUCAUAUGAGACAAGAGUAAGAAGUAAACUAAACACUUUUUCUUUUGAAUCCGAAAGUGCAACGUCUGCACGUAGAACAGACAUUUUGUAUAAUGCAAUAUGAUACCUGAAUCUGAAAUCACAUCCGUGAAUUAUUUAGAUCAGAAAAGAAAUUUCUGAAGCCUGAAUACAGUAGAGUCAAACCUGUAUUAAAGGAACGAAAUUUAGGAACGAAAUUUAGUCAGUGGUUUAGUCUAGUACAGUGUAUAAGUUAGAUGAUUAUGUAUGCAGCAACCUUUAAGAAUGAAUGAUUUAUUACCAUGCACGAAGUGACUUACCACACGGAAGAGUCGAAACAAAUUACAUGCAAAUUACGCAAUUGUACGUGUCGACCACUUUCCUGAUAGAGAUGAGUUUGAAUAUUCUUUCUUGUGCAGUCUUCUUGACCUGAGAUUUGUGAUUGAAAUUGAAUAGAAUUUUGAACGAGUGCAAUAAGGCUUGUUGAGAUGAAGAAUAUUUCUACUUGGGUUGGUAGAGAUGCAACUACUACCUGAACAAUACAAGACGAAAUUCGACGUUUCGAGCGAAGGCCCUUGAAACGUUGAAUCUCUCUUUGUAUGAGGUAGUAGCAUCUCUAGCAAGCGAAGUUUGACACUGGCACUGUGGCACAGGCCAUGAUUGAAGAAUAUUCAUACUUACGCCCGUAUUCUAAAAGCACACUCACACUCAAUGAGUGGAGGUUCAAUCUGAGCUUCUCUUGAGUGUCAAUGCUGUUUUUGAAUAGCUGGAGGGUGAAUAGUCACAUAUUAAGGUACGAUAUUAACCCUCCAGCUAUUCAAAAACUGCACUGGCACCUGAGAGAAGCUCAAAUUGAACCUCCACUCAUUUGAGUGUGAGUGAGCUUUUAGAAUAUGGGCGUUAGUCUAGUUAGUCUUCAGUGUGGAUAAUAACAAUUUUGCUUGGCUCUGACAAAUGUCCAACUGUGCAGUUGCUAUAACAUUGCAAAUCUGAUCUAUACUAACAAUGGUCUGGUACCAUUAAUUUGUGUUUGUACCAAAAUGUUUUGUGUUCUUAUAAUAUACUUUUAAUUUAUGUGAUCGGUCAAAAUGUCCGUGCAGAAUAAAAUUAAUCGGCCAUUUAGUGUUUUUGUUCGGCAAAUAGCCGAGCGUUAUAAUCCACAGUACUGCCAGUCUUGUGUGGAGAAUUGAAAUUAAAGAUGUUCCUGACGUGUCGUCUCUAUCUUUCAACAGCUGAAUAUUCUGCUCCUCUGCAGUUCACACAAGAACCAUCAGAUGUUCAAUUUUCAAACAAGACCUCGGCAUACCUUCAUUGUGUUGCUAUGGCAACCUCAAGCUAUGCUAGUAACAACCAGAUCACCAUAACCUGGCGUUUUGAGAAUGGCUCACUCGUAAGAAACAUUUCAGACAUCGUUCAAACUUUGCCUAAUGGGACAUUAUGGUUUAAACCGUUCAAUAGACUAAUCCCAGCUGUUCAUCGCACUAAAUACCAGUGUGUGGCUAACCUAACGUUGCAUAACCAAGCAAUAUUGAGCAGACUGGCAUUGGUUCAUGGAGGUAGGUUUUUUAUUCAUUUCUGUUUUCGUCCUUUGAAAGAAAAAAGACAGUGAUUUGCAAUUCUCCGUGAUCCGAGAUCGCAACUAUCAUCGCAGUAUCGAGAGAACUGCAGUAGAUCACAUGACAAACAAAUUGCGCAUGCGUGCGACCUGAUUAGCUUCCCGAGGGACAUUGGGAUUUGUGCAAAAUCCUGGACGUUGAACGAAAUUGAAAAAUGUGAUGGACGAAUCACAAAUAAUCACUCACGUGAUGAUAGUGAAGAUGAAAGCAUUCUUGCCCUGCACACGGCUUUGUCUCGGGUAUAUAUUUUGGAUAUAUUGUUACAUACGUUUCUACCCUUAUCGAACUGAACAAACCUAACGUUCUGUUCUUGGAAACCACCAGAGAAGCAUGAGUGCCAUGAGGUUAGCGAGCUCUCGCCACAAAGUUCAACAUAUUUUACGCCUAACUGCUGUUGAAUUAAGCCUGCUUGAGCAAGAUUGAGUGUAGGGCAUUUUUACUAGUUGUGUACUAACUUGUUGAAAACUCCUUUAAGUAGAGUUGUUGAUUUCCAUUGACGUUUCUCUGUUUUAACAGAUUUAUUUGGAUCAAAUUAUUACAACAACAAUAUAUGUUAACUCUGUAGAAAUACAAUACAAAUAUUGUAACAAUACAAAUAUUUACAUUUGUAAACUGAAAAGAAUGUUUGGUGUGUGAUCAAAAAUGGCAAAGUAGGGAUUGCUAGGACCCAUGCGAAGCAUCUGCCAAUAAAUUUGCGAAUUAUGAUCAUGUUAACUUUAGUGUUAAAUACUAGUAUAUAUGUUUCCGUUUCCUCCCUCUCCAAAAUAGAACUCUUCCACCAAAGCCAUGAUCAGAUAUACUGUGUCAUAUAGUGGCAGCUAGAAGCCUCCUAUAGUUUCCAACACGGUCACACGGUGAAGCUACGUUCUCCGUAAUUCAGCUCUCAGCUGCAAAUAACUGAUGUUUAACACCUCUUUCGUGAUCGCCAUUAAGAAAAAAACGAAUCCGUGAUGGUCUAUAACAAAAAAGCGUUGGGAGCACUGAUGUUGGGAGUGAUUUAAAAUUUUGAACCACGGAAACUGGUUAUAAAGUUGGACUUACAAAUUUAUUGUACAUGAAACCUGUAGCUGUUUUAUCCAAGCUUGCUGUCGCAGUUUUGUUGGAAAAUUGAGGCUUACCUGUAGACAUAAAGUAGGAAACAAACUCCGAACAACAAGACCGGCGGGGGUGGGGGCAAAAUACCCAGGACCCGGAGUGCUCAGAGGGCCAGGAAAUCUCGGUAAAAUUUUCGUACCGUUUAUCAUCGUUUUAUGUUUGUCCUAAAUGAAAUACACCUACUUGCACGGGUUAGGUUAAAAUGCGGAAGCGGAUGCGGAACGAAACGGAUGGGGUUAAAAUGCGGAACGGAACGGAUAUGGGGUUAAAAUGCGGAACGGAACGGAUAUGGGGUUAAAACGCGGAACGGAACGGAUAUGGGGUUAAAACGCGGAACGGAACGGAACGGAUAUGGGGUUAAAAUGCGGAACGGAACGGAUAUGGGUUUUAAAUUAAGUUUUAACCUCAUAUUCGUUCCGUUCCGCAUUUUAACCCCAUAUCUGUUCCGUUCCGCACGGAACGGAGAUGGGGUUAAAACGCGGAACGGAACGGAACGGAUAUGGGGUUAAAAUGCGGAACGGAACGGAUAUGGGUUUUAAAUUAAGUUUUAACCUCAUAUUCGUUCCGUUCCGCAUUUUAACCCCAUAUCUGUUCCGUUCCGCAUUUUAACCCCAUCCGUUCCGUUCAGCAUCCGCUUCCGCAUUUUAACCUAACCCCUACUUGCACGCUAUCCGCUGAUCGUCGUGAUCGAUCGUAAAACGUACCAAAUGUGAAAUAAACAAUUUUUCAAUCGUUUUUUCUGCAAAAACAGUUAGCUAAACAUCGUUUAUAACAUCACGUCUUUAUCAGUUAUGAGAUGAAAUAAGGUAUUUACCUGUAUUGAACAUAUUAUUACGUCCACCUGCUAGCAGGUAUGGUAACAUGCAUGCACGUCACAUGCGCCAUCGGCACCGAAAUUCUCCAGCGAUUUCCUGCAAGUAAUUCGCUGGCGAUUCCCUCGUUGAUUGUGAUUAAAAAAUAGACUUUGAUGUGGCCAUCAGCGUGAGAGGCGUGUUCACCAAUUUGUCCCGGGGCCCGUGGUUGCCUCUCGCCGGCCUUGCCGAACAGAACUUCCAUCUUGAAACUUAAUAUUUAAGUAAAGCAAGAGGACACAAUAUCCAACAGUGAUAUUUCAAAUUUAUUGCAAAUUUGUCAUCAUGAGUCUGAUGAAGCAGGCUUCUGUUUAAAAGAACAGCCUUCCAUCUUUCUUGUCAAUAUUACUAACAUUUUAAUUUCUAGUUAUUGUGAAGCCAUUUCAAGUGAAAGUGCGCGAUGAAGAAGUGUACGGAGCAGGAGGGACGGCAACAUUUACUUGUCUUUACCCCGCAGAGGUUUCUUCCUACGUACAAAUCAGAAAAUGGUUUGCAGACAAACAACUUAAAGAAGCUGAACCAUCUGGAAAUCUAGUUAUCCAUGAUGUUCAACAAGUUCACUCUAAUAAACUGUAUUAUUGCGUCGUUGUUAAUGUUCUCACUAAGGAAACAUUGGCGAGUAAUGUCGCCAAAAUCUUUAUAAGAAACGCAUCAGGUAACUCGCAUGUUAUUUAAUUUAUGUAAUCUGUUCAUUUGUCAAACCUACAAUCCUGGACACAACAUCUGCGCGCACUUCCAAUUAUUUGACAAAAUCUCAUAAUAUUAUCGCAAAUUUAGAAAAACCACCCCCUUGGCCCCCACCAUUCAAUGUUGAUUGCAUUCCAAGAAUACGGUUCAAGGAUAGUCGUUCAAAUACAUUUUGCUCCUCACUAAUUAAGCUGCGGUUUUGGAUGGAAAUACCUGACGAAAGGCUCGCUAUCGUCGCUCGAAACUGUUUUAAUCUUUUAAAUUCUCGUAGUUCAGACACAAACUACCACAGCUUAUUCUUGCAGAAUAUUACAUACACUGAUAUAUCGUCAUGUCUCAUUGCCAUGAAGGUUUGAAAGUUGUUGACAGUACGUUUGGUUUCCUUGGUGUUUGAACUUCGAACUUUCUUUUCAAAUGAAGUCAAAUUCAGGUUGUGUUUCCACUGUACCGGAUAGGUUUCCGUAGCGACGUGAAAAAACACCUCUCCUGUAACUUUUAUGAACGCUAUUUUCAGAGGAAUUAUUGCAACGAAGAGAUGUUGUUUCGCUCAGCUUCUGAAAGUUGUACAUUCCGUAUCGGAUAUCGCGUCGCUACGGAAAGCUAGCUGGUAUAGUGUAAAGUAGCCUCAGUUCACCAGGGCCUCAAGUAAAAAAAUGAAGUGAAAUAUGCAUAGAUAUAACAAGUCUUCCUGAAAGCAGGAUUUUGCCAACUUCCCCCACGAACGUAUGUACUAUGAGGUGGAAAUCACAGGACCCCAAAGUUAUAUUUCAUCCCCCCCCACCCAAAAUGUCUCUGCAUGGGCGGCCCUGUUGCUGAUAAGUUAUCGUAAAGUUUACCUAUUUCUGUUUAGAUGCUCGGAAGUUUCCUUUGAAGUUCAAUAUAGUUGCAGUCGACAAGACAGUUGUUCUUGGAAAUGUUGUUAUGUUUGAAUGUUUGGCCUCUCGGACUAGAAAUGUUGAAUACUUUUGGAAACAUAACAACGACGACAUCAAACUAAAUCAUCGUUAUUCUUUGGUGAAUGGUCGCUCAUUGAGAAUAAUGAAAACAGUAAUGAAAGACAAUGGAACAUAUACAUGCGUUGUUCGGGAUAAAAUUAGCAGGGAAGAAAUAUCAACUAGUUCCCAUCUUCUUGUGCAAGGUAAGAUUUUGAAUAUCUGUGCGUUUUAAGAGACAAUUGACAAUUGUUUGAAAUUUAGUUUGUCAUAAGAUAGAGUAAGAGCGUAUAGUUCGAAUAAUUGGCACAGCAUUGAGAGAUAAAGGAAAAUACACAGGACGUCGAAAUAAAACAAAUGGAAAGGAAAUGUUUUCUAGUCUUAUUUUCCGGUGGAAGAUGUAGAAGAUUUAAUUAUCCGUAGUGCUUACAUUACAAACGAUAGAGGCUGAAACUUGUUAGCCUGACAAAGAUGAAGAACACUUCGAUAUUUUGAACGAUGGCCCAUCGUCAGGAGUAGGAAGAAAGACACCGAUAGGAUAAACACCAUAACUUCCAAUACCAAAGAUAUUUUUAUUAUUUUUAUAGUUCGUCUUAAAUUCCGAGCCCGUCCAUCAAAAAUCUGCACACCAUACUACGUGAACGCAACAUUUCCAUGUGAGGUAACUGGUUACCCACAGCCGAAGAUAUCUUGGUAUAAGAAUGCGAGAGAGAUUACGAACAAUAACAAGGCGCUCAGGAAAGGAAAUAGUUUGAUCAUUACAUCAGCUUGGGGGAAAGAUGAAGGAAUUUAUCAAUGCAUUGUUAGUAAUGGUCUCGAGACCAUCCAUCAAGCUGCCUCUCUCAUUGUUGGAGGUUCGUGCACGUCUUAUUAACAGAGACCUUAACAUUAGUGAGCUUAAGCAAGUGACGUUUUUGACAACACGGACGUCGACCGGAAGUAAAGUUGACGUUUUUCACCAAUCACAGCCCUUGACCCAGUCUUCUGACGUUACUCAUGCCGUUCGUGUUGUCAAAAACGUCACUUGCUUAAGCUCACUAUUGACAUUUAUCGCAAACCGCAAACUUCAAAUCGUAUUUUGAAGACAACUGUUAGCUGAUCGAAGUUAGGACAAUUUGUGCAUAAAUGAGCAUGAAUAGUUGAAGAAAACAUGUAGAACUUAUCUUUAAAUGUGGCUUGUAGUUUUCUGUUAGCUGUCUGCCGUAAAUAUCAACGUUACGGUUUCUCUAUCCCGUUAGAACUUUAUUUUAAUGUCAGGAAUUUGACUUAAUGCCAUCUAACACAGGCCAAUGUGGAGCCACGGAGUGACGGCCUCUCUUUAGGGCACUUGCUAAGAACAUGGCGGACUGAGAAAUCCCUCACGCUAAAUUAACCUGAAGUGAGACCUCAGCUUUUGUACUAAGUACUCUGUUGUUCAAUGUUGCGAGAAGUGUCGUUCAUAAGGCUGCAAAGUUUUAGAUAUCAGAUUAAUAACUUGUUUAUAAGAAAAGUUAUAACUUGACAGAUUAAUAACUUGUUUACAAGAAAAGUGGACCUCACGACUCGCAUUCGUGCAAAACGGCUAUUGUGAUCAUGGUGCACCAUGGGAAAAGUGUCCGAAAGAGAAUUCGAAAUAGUGUAAUGACUAAUGGCCAAGCAUUUCACCUCGUCUACGUUUUUUUAUAUCUUAUUUAUUCAUUUAUUUAUUAAACUUUGCCAAAAACACGUAAAAGAACAACAAAUAGACAUCUAGACAAUAAACAUGAACAAGAACAGCAAGGACACCACAACAGUGUAAACCAAUUAAUGUGGGCCCUUAUACAAAAAUACACAUACAGUACAGUACAGUACAGUACAUAUAACAUACUGUACAUAGACAGGAGACUAAAAACAACAAGUUAGUUUAGAACAUAAGUAACGACUAGUGUUACACUUCAGACAUAUAGUCUUCCAUGUCCUCGGAUCUUCUUCGUUGAAGCAUUCUCUAAGGGCUGUAAGGUAGUAAGUUUGUAAAUCGGUUUUGAAUUGAUUAUUAAACUAGGAGAUCUUAGUGUAGUUGAUAAAGAGUUCCAGGUUCUAGUUGCACGAAUAAAGAAAGAGCGUUGGUAGGUAGUGGUUUUGCAUUUGGCCGAACGGAAAGAGAUUUGGUUGCCACUGUUGAUUUGAAACAUCUGCACACGAACAAAGAAAUUAGUGUUGGUUGAGUGAUUAUCCCACUGAUCUCGAAAUCAAUACUGGAUAGAGCAACCUUUUGAACUCAUUUUGCAGCCAGAAUAUUUAUAAUGUGCAAAUAUCUUCUUCUACGUAACUUGAAAGAUAUAGUUAUGCAUAGCCAUUGAAAUGUCCGGAUAUCUAGUGCUAGUUUUGGCAUAAAUAUGGCCUAUACUCACAGCUCUUCCACUUGAUGUUUCUACAAAACAUUUUCAGAAAUAUCGCAGCAAAGAUUAUUGCUUACUCUAGAUUAUUCAGUUGUUAGUGCAGUAUUUGUAGAUACCAUAUAACCUCAUCAGUUUUAUCUUAUUAUCUCUUUAGCUCAAGCUCCAAGGAUAAUAGAAUCAUUCGUUGCAAAAAAUAUUUCCCUUUACGCUAAACUUGAUAUAUCCUGUAAAGCAACUGGAAAACAACAAGCAACAUUAUUCUGGUACAGAGAUGGGAUACGUAUUGAAGAGUCAUAUGACCAUCGUAUACAUUUAAAACAUUAUCAUGAUCUAUGGACAUUACAAAUCAGAAAUGUGACUUCAGCUGAUAGUGGUCUAUACAAAUGCGAGGCCAUGAACAGAGCUGGUUCGAACUUUAGCGAGGCAAAAAUAUUAGUCAAAGGUAAGCGCAUAAAUAAUAUGUUCAGCCCAGUGAUUAAGAUUUAAGGCGUGAAGCGCCGAAGACGCUAGUUUUCAUUUUCUACGGUUAGAAAUUUUAUAUUCUCUCUCACAAUACACCCUUUCGAUAAUUACGUCACACAUACUUUUUGGUCUUGGAGCCUCGAUCUCAUUAGUAAAUUGCGCAAGAUGAUUGGCUCACGAUUUAUGAGAGCGAGGCUCCCAGGCCAAAUGACGUAAUUAUCGAAAGGAUGCAUUACAAAGACUGUUUGUGGUAACAUUUGGGACCCACACUAACCAACACUUCAGUCCUUCGCCAAAAUUUGUAUCUUUUCUUUUUCUUGAAACCUUCAAUACAUGAUUUCUACUUCCUAGGACCAGCCAAAGUGACGUAUGUUCCUAAGAGCGUCCGUGGGUUGUUAGGAACAGACGUGAAAAUCACAUGCAAAGCAAAUGGUUUCCCACGUGCUAAGAUCACGUGGUACGACAACAACGGUUACCUGGCACCAUAUGAUUAUAGACAGAAGGUAGCAACUAACGAUGGCGAGAGUACUUUGACGAUCGAAGGAUUGGUAACUAGUGAUAAAGGGCGGUAUAGGUGUACAGCCAGCAGUGAAAUUGGACCUACUGACGAUGCCAGUGUUGACCUUACUGUUUACGGUAUGUUUAGUGCAUUCACCUUUAAUUUUACAUCAACAGGAAGAAAACCAACAUGGUUUUAUAUAACCAUCUAAGUCUAUACAAGCAAACAGCUAUUUCUUUUACAUUUUAGGCGCCCCAGAGGAAACAUACAAGCUGGAGGUUCUUGACGAAGGCAGCAAGAAAUCAUUCGUUUGUCAUGAAUGUAUCAAGUGGACGAAAAAUGGUAAAAUGGUACAAAACUCCGCUAGAACUACAGUAACAAAUGUUCUUCAAAUAUGUAUAUUAAAUCUUGUUGCCAUCUUGGAAAGUGAUGCAGGAAACUAUACUUGUCAUACACAGACAACAACAGGAGUGCAUAAAAACACUAAAGAAAUCUUUGUGAUAAGUAAGUUGAUAAAACAGUAAAACAUGAUGCGGUACAGUAUGCUCCAUGAUUAGACGUGUGUCAUAAGCUGGCGUCCUCAGUAAGUCAUUCACUCGAUCAGAUUGAGCGCGCUGUGUCCUUGGUAAUUCAGCUCAGCUGCCUAGUUACUCAUGAUUACUGCUGAAAAUAUCUUUAGAUAAGUUCACAAAUACCAGAUGAUCUAAUAAUCACGCGCUUUUGUAUACAGGAACCUCUUUUGUCUUCGACUUUGCAUUCAGUUUUAAAUUUAGCGCAAGAAUGUCAGUGAUAAAUGGAAUCGUCUGACAUUAUACUGCGUGAAAUAGUAAAUACAGACGUGGGCGAGUAGUUUCACCAAACGUUUAUCCUUCACUAGCGACGUUUGUACCAAGUGUACUUCAUAAAUAUUUAUUUUAUUUGAUAUAACUUUAUGUUCCUAAAAUUUUAUUUAGGUCGACCUCGUUUCGUCAAUCCUCGCAGUCCUAACUCAACCAAUGUCCUAGAACAUGGAGAUGUUCGAAUGACAUGUCAUGUUACUGGAUUCCCAACACCCAGGACAAUAUGGCGUCGUAAGGUUGGAGGUAGCUUUGAUGAAGUUAAAGAUUCGCCUCGUUUCCGUGUCACAACGAAUGGUUCGUUGACUAUCCUGAACGCCAAAGCUGAAGAUGAGACGGAUUAUUCAUGUGAGAUUAGGAACUCUCAUUCUUAUAGAGCUGAUUUAACAAUCAAACUCAAUGUUAAUGGUACGUUUUAUCGUCCUUCGCUUUUAGAAAUGCAAUUACGCAAUGACUAAAUGGUUGUGACAACAACGACAACGACAACGACCGCGACAAUGACAACGACAACAAUGACAUGAUGACGUUUACAUUUCAUAGUUUAAAUUUCAUAGUGUCUUCAUGUCUGAAGGCCAUUCACUACUGACUCAAUGUAAUAAUUAAUUCAUGCACUACUGACUUAAUGUAAUAAUUAAUUCAUUCACUACUGACUCAAUGUAAUAAUUAAUUUAUUCACUACUGGCUCAAUGUAAUAAUUAAUUGAUUCACUACUGACUCAAUGUAAUAAUUAAUUCAUUCACUACUGACUCAAUGUAUUAAUUAAUUUAUUUUUUUGUUAGUUCCAGCAAGAAUCGUGAACUGGGUAGCGACUGCUUUCGGGAAUGCAGGCAAUAUGACCAAACUAAAUUGUGAUGCUUCGGGAGAUGAAACUCUAAACUUUACUUGGUUUAAAAAUGGACAGAAAAUUUCUAGAAAUUCAAAUAUCAGAAAUGAAGUAAUCCCAAAAUUAUCAAAAUCUACUUUAACUAUUGUGUCCACGACUGGCAAUGAUGGAGGGAAUUAUACGUGUAAAGUUUUUAAUUUAUUUGGAAAAGAUGAACAAAUUAUGAGAUUAGAAAUUCGAGGUAAGCGAAGUAGCAGACAGUAGCAUAAACUUCGCGUAAACUAGCAUUACCUAAGCUGCUCAUAUUAAUGUAAUCCAGUUUUCGCACGGUACAUUUGAAGGCAUUAAUUGGCUUUGUAUCUAAAGGUAUAAAUAAUUUUCAUAUACGAUCAAAUUAAUUUGUUAUUAUAAAAAACACCAUGUUUAUUUAAUGCAAAAACAAUCGAUCCGUAAGCGUGGAUCGUUACGACUGCAAAUACAGAUGUGAGGAAGAUGACGAUCCGGGCUUUGAGUGUAACAACAUUUUGUGUUAUUCGUAAAUCUUCUAUUAAGGCCCCUGGGCUUAUCUAGAUUUCUUUCAUUCAGUCACGUUUGAUGGGCGUUUAUUGAAAAUGGGGCGGGGUAUCUUUUUAUGUUUAGGUUCUCACCCAAUAAAAAACGGCAUUCAUUCAACUAAUAAUGUUGUAUAUAUACUCGUUUUAGACAGACCAGAUCCUCCGGAUGUAAAAAAAUAUACAAAGACGGAGACAUCCAUCACAGUAUCCUGGGAGCCUUCAUUUAAUGGCAACAGUCCUAUAUUGUCCUAUCAAAUUGAUUACAAAACAUCAGCUCAUCCUUCAACACCAGUGAUCAUUCCUAUAACUGGACAAAAAACUUCAUAUAAGAUUACUGAACUUGAACCAUACACAGGAUAUCAAAUCCGCGUGCGAGCCAGGAAUGCCCUGGGAAUGAGUGAUUUUUCAAUUCUCACUAAUGUUAAAACCGCCGAAGACGGUGAGUGGGAAAAUUAUCUCUUAAUAAUCUUCGAAAUUUUCAAGAUUUUUUUCUCCUUUUUCAUUUUUUGCACCCAAAGGUCUCUCUCCCCUAAAAUCAGAAAAAUGUAUUGUGUUACAGUUCCUUUAUUUUGAAAAUAUUAGUUUUGCCAUAUUUGUUCUUUUGCGUUGUUUUUGUAGAGAAGAGUAGCUAUACGUUAAAUAAUGUAAAGACAGCCCAAUAUAUCUGCAACAAUUAAAUUUAUUUUUAAAUUUUGAAAGUGCUUCUUACUCUUGUGACUGAUGAAUCUGUUCAGUGAUUGUGAAGCAUUUUUUUCAACAACUUUUCAAACAUGUUAUAUUCAUGAUUUCUUAUUUCUCUUAUUUUCUGCAGCUCCAUCCUUGGCACCACACUUGACUGUCACUCCAGUAGAAGACUCUCUCAACAAACAAAUUAGCCUGAGGAUUAAAUGGGAGGUAAUUGUCUUGUAUAUCUUGUCACUAUCGUGUCUCUUUUUAACAAAGAAGAAUGACACUUAGCAGAACAUCAGAACUAUCCAGUCAAGAUCCAGUGAUCUGAAUGUUCCAUUGUCUUUUCAUUAAGUCCCACUGUUCUCCAUAUCUUCCAGUCAUUCAUUCUAUUUUAAGCAUUGUUCAAAGGACUUCGAAUUCUUCAUUAUUCUUGUAUUUAGCCCUAGUACAGUAAUAUACUGUAAUUAGUCCUAAUAAUGCUGACGUUAACUAUCCAAAGAAUAUCAAUAUAACGAACUUCUCCGGCAAUUUCUUGCAAGUAAUUCGCUGGCGAUUCCCUCGUUGAUUGUGCUUAAAAAUAGACUUUGGUGUGGCCAUCAGCGUGAGAGUCAAGAGAGAUUGGGGGGGGGGGCGUGUUCACCAAUUUGUCCCGGGGGCCGUGGUUGCCUUUCGCCGGCCUUGCCCCUAGUUUAUAAGAAUUGAUUAAUUAAAUUAUUUACAGUCAAAUGUUUAAAAGAAGAAAAGUAAUAACGACAAAGGUACAAAAUAACUAAUACCCAUAUUCCAAACUUAAAAUGUUUUUAUAUAGGAGAGUGAUUAUUUAGAGAGAGAUUAUUUACCAUAUAUACAGCUAUCUGUUACAAAUAGAGAUUUUUUCAAUUUUGUUUUUGAAGACAACGAGUGAAUUGAUUGAUUUUAAAUGACUGUCAAGCUUAUUCCAAAUAUCAACACCUUUACUAGUAAGAGAAUGAUUAACAUAAUUUGUUCUUCUACACGUUUUGUGAAGAUUGGAAGCAUUUUUAGUUUUAUAAUGGUGAAAAUAAGGCAUGAUAGAUCCGACGGAAGAAGGCGUGGUCUUUCGUAUCUCCUAAUCCUUUUAUAAGCUAUCUUUCAAAUUCUGAUUUUGAAUCACUCUGGCUCCUCUUAAAACCGCAUCGCCUGCCCCGUGACCUGAAUUCCAUCAUUUUGGGUGAAAUUCCACCCGGAAACGAUGAUAUUGAUUUACAAACUCACAUAACAGAAAGCGUGACUCCAUUCUUUCUUUGCACCCAAGUUCAAGCUUCAAGCAGAUCGUCAACCAAGCUACAAGAGGUGACAAUAUUUUGACAACGUACUUACCAACAUCUCAAAGUAUUAUGACACCCCCAACGUUGUUGCUCCUCUCGGAUCUUCCGAUCACAAUUCAAUACUUUGAAUCCAUUUAUAUCCCACGCGAACUCCAACUCAAGUUCCUCCACUCUCGUAAGAGACACACGACCUUCUAACCGGAGAGUAAUGAGAGAAAAAUUGUGCCAAGUUAACUGGUCUCCAUUGUACCACAUGCAAUCCUACAACGAGCAGUUUAUCUUCUUUACUGCCACCAUCAACGAGUUCAUUGAGAAGUACCUCCCACUCAGCCGAGUGAAGGCCGACUCUAGUGAAAAACCGUGGAUUACGUCAGAGAUUAUAAAACCAUCAUUACAAAGCAACAACGUGCUUGGUCCAGAGGAAAUAUUAUCACCUUUAAGCGCUAUAGGAACAUGGUGAAUGCUAAGUGUAAGAAAGCUUGUAACUCCUACUAUAAUAGGAACAUCUCUGACGUCCAGCAAUCAGCAAUCCAAAUCGAUAAAUAGGCACUCAAAGAGUGCGUAAAGAUUUGCAAUUUCGUUGUCAAUUUUAUAAUGCAAGAAAGAUUGAAAAACAUCAGUUCAUAAUGCAAGAACAAUGGAAAAAUAUCGCCCAAAAUGUAGUAUAACAAAACACAACAUCAUGCAUGACAAAUCUUUUCUUCGAAUGUCAACUUUUGUUUAAUUACUGUUAUAUUCAAAGUUAAUCUACUACAACUUUUAAAUGGCUUUAUCACUGCCUCAAAGAUAAAAGAAUAAUUGAAUUUGUAGAAAUGUUGAAGAUAUUUUAUAACUUAACGUUUGGAUAAAAAAACAACAAAAUUAUUUCGAUCAGUUCGCAUUCCGCAACAGGCAAUACAUUUCUAAUUCAUUUCCAAUGAAUACGAAUGAAAAAUGGAACAAUACAGUUUUUAUAGUGGAAACACCGCUUUUGAUUUUAUUUUACACGGCCGCUCCUGAGUUGAACGAAUUUGUCUUUUAGGACCUUUUCCAUUUGUAUUUCUAGCACAAAACAAUCAUAUAUUCAUUCGUUUAGCUGAAAGUAAGUGGUACAAUGUUUAGUCGUUGGUGUACUACGAAAAUGAGCGGGGUUUUUGCAGACCUCUCAACUCUCGCGCAUUCGGCGUGAGUCUCACGCAAUUCGCUUCACUCUCACGCUCUCACGCCACGUUUAGUCUUAAAUCUCACGCAUAUGGCAGUUUCAUAGUAUUUUUUCAAUAAUAUGAUAUUGUAUCCUUAAAUGCACAUUAUUAAUCAUUUAAUAUACGGAUCGCAAAUCGAAUAUAUAAUGACGUGUUAUUGUUCCCUCGUGUUCCUGCAUAUUUGCCUGCAAUUUGGAUACAAAAUAGUAUUCAUAUGUACAUACGGCAGAAUCAGUCGGAGCAGAAUUCUCUGGAAAUCAUUCUUUUUUCAAAAUCAUACAGACCUUUAUCAAUUUUAAGCUUUAUUAGUUUUAAGCGGCUACAUUAUCCAUGACAAACUGCAAAGAAUGAAGAUAUUACCCACACUUUCCUGCAACUUAUCAAGUUAAUUACAUACACCUUCUCCCAUUUAGUACUACGAAAUUGUAAAUUUCGACAUACUAAAACGCUGUUUUCUGACUGUCAGAAUUCUGUCAAAUCUUCCCCAAAGUCCAGGAAAUGGCAUUUCAGAGACUCUAAAUUUAAAAAUUUCCUCGGGCCUUCGGCCCUCGCUUUCAGCCCCCCAAUAAAAAAAGCUUCCUACAGCCCUGAUAUGUAAAUUAUCAAGGGCAAAUUAAAGCUCAUUACUGUAUCUCGCAGAAAUACAGUUAUUGUAACUAAAGUGCCUUGUCUUAAAGGACGUUAUUCAUUAUGUAUUUAAUUAAUAAAAACCAACUCUCAGUAAUGUACGAAAUGCCAUUUCAGACCCCCGGACUUUUACAAAGGUGCCAUCCACAUCCCCAAUCUCGCUCUUAACUUCUCUGCAAAGUUGAGAGGUCUGGUUUUUGCCCGAAAGAUUGCAAAUGUCGACAAACACAAAUGGCGGAUAAUAGCUUCCGGCGGUUCACGAAUACUCGACUCGGAAAUCAACGUCACUAUCUAUCUAUGUGUACUAUCUAUCUAUCUAUCUAUCUAUCUAUCUAUCUAUCUAUCUAUCUAUCUAUCUAUCUUACACACCCGAUGACAUAAAGGAUUUUGCUUCGCAAAUCCUUAAAAAGUGGCGGUCCUUGUGGAAAUCAACUAACGUUUCACCAAUACCAAAAUCUUUUCCCGCUCAAGACAUCGACUCACAUUUCCGCCCCAUUUCCCUCACGGCCAUUGUGAGCAAAAUUCUGGAGUCGUUUUCUUACCGCUGGCUUUUCCAAUCAAUUACAAUACAGAUCGACCCUCUUGAGUUUGGCGCACUUCGAGGCUCAAGCGCAAGCAUGGCGCUCGUCCACCUCCUCCAUAAGUCACCGCUGUACGAAGCAUGCGAUGACCUUGGUCCAUCAUUACGGAUCUGCCUGUUAGACUUUUCAAAAGCCUUUGAUCGGAUUGAUCGUGACGUCUUACUGAGAAAGGUUCAGCAAAUGGCCGUUCACGCAGUUCUCAUUAAUUGGAUCACCGACUUUUUGUCUAUAAGAUUACAGUGGACAAAGAUUGGUCAGGACUACUCUGCUUGGAAGUAUAUAUUCAAGCUGAUGUUCCACAGGGAACAAAACUAGGUCCCUUACUUUUUUUAAUCAUGGUAAAUGAUCUCAAACCGACUAGAGACCUUGUCAAAAUCGUCGAUGAUGAUUCCACAACGUGGGAAGUCCUGCACAGAGAUUCCCAAUUUAAUCUCCCCUCAACCGUGAAAGCCUGCGAGGAAUGGUCAUGUGAUAAUAGCAUGAGUUGAACGCUUCAAAGACGAAAGAGAUGUUCACCCUCUUAUCCACCAAUUGUCCAAUUGUGAUCAACAAUCAAACAGUCAGCAUCAUUAAGCAUGCCAAGCUACUAGGCGUUACCAUCUCGAAUGACUUGAAAUGGAACUUGUUGCUGCCGUAGGCAGCCACCUAUUCUUGACGAUGUGUUUUUCUCGCACCAGUCCGUUUCCGGUUGGCCGAGUUAUGUAUAGCCGAGCGACAACUCGAUUUUAUUUGCAUGUACGAAUGUACGGAUGAUCAGAUUUAUGACGUAUUUUGACGUCACAGAAAUUUAAAAAAAUAACAUACUCCAGAUCGCGAUUUUGACUUUCCGAAUAUCCCGGUUGAACCUCGCGAACACCACCAUGGACAAUGACAAUUUGUAAACACGUUACAUGUGCGCAUAAUGGCCUCUGUAUAAUGGCAUAGUCAUAGAGAUUAUAAAUAACACUGAUAUAAUAAUGUGUUAUUUAUAAUCUCUAUGGGCAUAGUCUCAUCGCAAUUCGCAAAUGGACUCUGACUGUUAAAUAAAAUGCUUUUCAAGGUAAGAUGAAAGUUUGAUCACAAAUAACAAUGUGUAUUGGUCGAUACGCGUUGAAACUUCAAGCGAAUGAAUUAACUGUAUUUAAAUUAUUACAUUUUUAGGUGCAUACAAGUCUUCAUAGUAAACAAGUGGACUUCGUCGAUAUUUUAUAUCAGUUUGUAAAAAAUCUGAUUGAGCUUGAUCGUAGGCUUGAUGGAACAUCGUACUUCUAAGGGAUAAAUAAUCACAGAGAGAGUUUAUUAUUGUUAUUUUGGCAAUAUCAAUUGAGGCAUUCAGCAGUAUCGUAAAAUUGUCUGUCUUGCACAAAGAUAGUCCUUUUGCAACCCAUGCAGUGUGGAUUGUUGUCUGCACAUAUUAACUUACCAGCAGUUACAUGUAAAUAACAUGUCAACCGACGUUUGUAAAAGGUAUGACGGUCUGUAAAAAUGUAUCUCCGAGAUAUGUCCAUUGUUUAAUAGCAUAAUAUGAAAUAAUCCUACCAGCCUACAUUUAUAUAUUCACCUGGCUGUCACUACAGUACUCAGAGACAGAGUAUACUAUAUUUUUUGAUAAUGCUCACAAUCGUAUUAUAUAGUUUUGCAGUUCUGACUGAGUACAAUCUUAGGGGCUGAUUACAUGGAGAGUUUUCAGCCCGGGCUGAGUUUCAGCCGGGUUAUUAAGGGGCCGAUUACAUGGAGCAUUUUCAACCCCGGGGCUGAACUCAGCCCUGUUUACCAGGUUGAAAUUUUAGCCCUGUCUGUAAUACAAAACUCUAUCAAAAUCAAACGCGCGAUUACAUGACAAAAUUUUCAACCCAGGGCUGAGUUCAACCCCGGGGUUGAAAUUUCAACCCUGCUUCAGCUAGCAGGGUUGAAAUUUCAACCCCGGGGUUGAACUCAGCCCUGGGUUGAAAAUUUUGUCAUGUAAUCGUUUCAACCCAGGGCUGAAAUUAUCAUGAGUUAUUCGAGCAUAUGUGGUAGUGACUAUUUAUUACAAGAAAACAAAAUAAAGGCUUUUUUACUUCCGAGAAUCGAUGCCGAGAACGUAUAGUAUAGCGUUUCAACCCCGGGGUUGAAAUCGCCCAUGUAAUCGCAAAAAAUUUUAACCCGGUUAACAGGGCUGAGUUCAACCCCAGGGUUGAAAGUUGUCCAUGUAAUCGGGCCCUAAAAUGAGCUGAAAUUGCAUCACGAUUACAUGAGCAGUUUGAGCCUGGACUUGAGUUUAGUCAGAGCUAUGUUUAUAGUCAACCCGGGCUGAAAUGUCAGACCGGGCUGAGUGAAAUAAUCUGAGUGUCACGAAAUAGGACAACAAGCCUGUUAUGCUUCUUUGAAGCAAUCAGAUGCUGAUUAGUUGACUAUUUGACUUGUGUGAGAUUGUGGUUAUAUGUAAAGUAUUUAAAGAUGAAAGUAUUUAAAGAUGAAACAAACAUGCAAAAUAAAGCCAUUUAAACGGUUGUUUUUUCAGCCCGGGCUGAAAUUUCAGCCUGGGCUGAAAUUUCAGCCUGGGCAGCUCAAACCAGGCCGAAAUUUCAGUCCGGGCUGAAACUCUCUCCAUCAAGCAUCAGCAUAUUGCAUUAAAACGAUAAUUGGAACAAAAAUUGACUUAACAUUUCUAUAUAUGGAAUUAUUAUUAAAUUCUACAUGUCAAAUGAUUCAUUCAAGUAUUAUCGUUUAUAUAUAGAAUGAUUUUCUACAGUAUUCAGUGGCAAGCUAGCUACCAUGGCAACUGGUCAUGCCAUGCCAAUAAACCUGUAUCUAUUUGAAUAAUGCAAAUCAUUAUAUUAAAAGCUUGCAUAGCGUGACCUGUUGCUAUGUCAGCUUCACAGGCUGACAGUGUUAUAAUUAUACAUACAAAAGCAAGAAGUUAUAAGCAUUGAAUGUAUUCAUAUACAUUUAGCUGAUCUUUCGACUUUUCCUGUUUACAUGAUGGAAGUUGGGAUAAUUUUUGAUGUAUUGGAAUAAGUCACUAGGCUAAACAAAAGUUCAAAUGCUUGUUAACAGAACUCAAAUAUUGUAGACAAGAUCUUGUAGUUAAAAAAGAUUAUAAUUGCUGCUUGAACAACCUUUCGUUUACAGUAACUAUAAUCUAUCUCUAGACUAGUAAUGUAUUUUGCUGAAUUGUGCACUGUGACUCAUUUCAAUACAUCGAAAUCAUCCUGCCUCAUAUCUCGUCCUGGCGAAGCGGGAUUGUAUAAACAGACCCUUAUUCAGCGAAUUGUGCAUGGUGCCAUCCCUUGGGGGUGAGGCAGCAUUUUCCUUGCGAUAGUAACUUCUAGUAUGUAAAUGCCAUCUGUAACAAGGCUUCCAAGCGUUUAUACGCCCUACGGCUGUUGAAAAGGAAAGCCCUUCCGCACUCCGUCCUAGUCAAGGUUUAUCGCGCGUGCGUUAGACCUAUCCUUGAGUAUGCAUGUGAAGCGUGGUACAACAUCCUCCCUGUGCGCAUUAGUAACCAAAUAGAGCAGGUCCAGAAAAGAGCUCUCCGAAUUAUCUACCAUUCCUUUACCUACAGUCAAGCGAUGCUCACCGCCAACGUUCCAUCGUUGUCCGAUCGCCGAACCACUCUUUAUGAACUACUUUUCCACAGAAUGCUUGAUCCAGGCCACAAAUUCAACCGUUGUAACUUCUAAUUUUAAUAUUCUUAAAUUAUAUUUUAGUACAUAUUUUUAGCUAUUUAGUAUCUUACAGUUGUAAAACCAGUGUAAUUCAGUUCUAACUGCAAAAUUGGUUUAAAUAAAACGACUAUUUUCCUUUUAAUUCGCGUUGUUUACUCAUAAAGAUAAUUCUAAUGGUGAAAUGUGGCUAUUUUAACAUAACCUUUGGUUUCCCUCUAAAGUGUUUUUUCUUUAGUGAUUUAUUGUUGUUCUGUUACUAGCUUCUUGAUGUAAAAGACGCCAAUGGUGUUGUAAAGGGAUAUGACAUUUGGUUUAAAAAGAAUUCAAGUAAUUCAUUUUUCACAAACAAGAGAGUAGUAACACCUAGAGAUGGCAAACAAACCACCAUAUCUUAUCUAAAGCCAUACACCUAUUAUAAAAUAAAGAUUCAGGCAUUUACCAGCGCAGGACAUGGCCCCAACUCAAGCUCUAUCGUUACACGGACCAAUGAAGGAGGUACGUACUUCGUGUAAAGCACGAUCACGACCCAUUUGGUCAUCAUUUAGAAAUUUUUGUCAAAUUUUUGCGCGUAAGUACUCUGUUUGAAUAGUUUUAUACGAUGCUCUGAUUGUAAUCAGUUGAGGAUUUGAGCAUGUGAUUGUUCAUGCAUAUUUGAGCAUUGUUGUUCGUUCUCAGUUGACCACAAGCAGAGAUAGACAAUAUUUCAGACUUUUUCAUUGGGCAUGUGGUAUCAUUGUGUCUUUGAGCCAAAAAUGGGAGCGAAGAUAAGACCUUGGAUGCGAGGUUACCCAAAUUUGCCUCUAGGAAAUAUGAUGUGUAUACGCAAUGGCCUUGGAACUUCGUAUAAAACUAUGCAAAAGUAUUCGAAGGACUGAAACGUUAUGACAAAUAUUCUGAAAGAUUCAAAUGAUGACGUAAUGUGUAAUCCUCAAUCCCCACUCAAUGUACAACUCACUGAUCUGUACUACUGAUAACAUAGAAGUGGUAGUGGUGAGGAAAUCUCAACCAACACGCUUGUAAAUCACUUCGAGUAUUUAAUAUCCAUUAAUUUAACCUAAGCUUGUAAGGUGUAUAGAGAAUCUUGAGUUAUAGAUUAAAAAUUGUAUUAUUUGAAUUAUGUUUUAUUUCAGUACCAAGUAUACCACCAGGGAACAUUAGGGUAACUGCGAAAACAUCGACCAGUAUAUCUCUGUCAUGGACAGCGCCUUCAAAAGACAGUACAAAUGGUGUUUUGAUUGGUUAUCGUGUACAUUACCAUGACAACCGUAAACCAAUGAAAAUUAAUGCUAACGUUAACACCAGCAGUGACAAAACAAACCUCACAUUGAAUGAUCUUGGUAAAUAUACCAACUAUGCCAUCAAAAUAGCUGCUCGUACCGUUCGAGGACUUGGCCUAUUCAGUACACUAAUCAAUGUUGUCACAGAUGAAGACAGUAAGUACUUUUUUAUGUUGUUUUCUUGAUAGUUUGACGAUGGCUUGCCUUUGAGUAAAAUUAGCUCAAAGAGCAGAGCGCGAUCUGGAGAUUUGUGGAUCAGACUCAAGAAUUUGCUCCUGAGCAUUAUUACUUUAGCAAGCAAACAAAUUAGUAAGUGCUUUAUUGCAAUAGUUUUGAGUGCUUUUAAGCCUGAGUGCUUUAUGUACUAUUUAAAGCACGCGUAGCCUAGCGCGUAGGAGUGUUUUAUCACAUAUAAAACACGACGCGUAGCGGAGUGUUUUAUAUGUGAUAAAACACGACUACAAGUGCUUUAAAUGGCUUCAAAAACGACUCAGAAACACACUUCAAAAACGAGUUCAUUGGCGAAGUAAUUUUUAAAAUAAACUUUGUCUAAACCGAGAAAAUCAAAGCUAAAGUUUAUGUAAAUUAACAUGAUUUUUUAUCACAUAUAAAACCACGACACGCUGAUGAUUUUUCUUUGUGUUUUCCUCCUGAAUUAUUAAUGAGUUUUUGAAAGGUAAAUUCUAAGUUUUGAAGAAUUUAUAAGAAAUGUUUAAGGGAACUGUUUAAUUAAUAACAUCAAGUCAGUUUGCUCAAACGUUUCUUACAAAUCCUUCAAAACGUAGAAUUUACGGAUGCAAAAUUUCUAGUGUAAAAAAACAGAAACAUUGAUUGUGUAAACAUUGAGUAAUCCUUUUCAUCAUUUGUUCUUAUCCUUUGUCAUUUUCUGAAGAAUAGACGAAUAGUAAUUUAUUUAGCACCUUGAUUUACAAAAAGAAAAAGAAAGAAAGAAUAUAUAUAUAUAUAUAUAUAUAUAUAUAUAUAUAUAUAUAUAUAUAUAUAUAUAUAUAUAUAUAUAUAUAUAUAUAUAUAUAUAUAUACAUAAUUAUAAUAUAAUUGUAAUUGAAGAAAAAAAAACCUAUUCGGAAUAAGGUGCAAGCUAACUGUAAUAACCGUGGAGUUAGACGAGACAGUUAGCUCAACUUUGUUAACUUAUCAUGAUGCUUUGAUUCCAAUGAACAGAGAAACAAUUUUAAAAAAACCAAAAAAACACGCAAGUAUAUAUAGAAUAAAAAAUCAAACCAGGCAAGGUGAUUAAAUAAUCAUGUUUAGCACCACUUUUAAUCACCCUUACUAUAUUGCUCCAACAAAGUAUUUUUCAGUUUUUUCUUAAAAUUCACCUUGUUCAUUUCUUUAAUUGUAUCAUCAAUUUCGUUCCAAACUUUUGCUCCAGUAUAUCUAAUAUUAAAUCUUCCAUAAUUAGUUCUUAUUAAAAGCACAGAGUAAGACAACCUUGAAGCAAGUCUAGUGGAAUAAUUAUGUUUUUCAUUAACAGAAAUAAAAAAAGCAUUAAAUGUUUCCGGUAAGAAGCCAUUAUAAUAGUCAUACAUAAAUAUUGCAGUAUGAAAAGAGACAAGAUCAUGAAAUUUUAAGAUUUUCAUUUCAGCAAAAAGAGAGUUAGUAUGUUCCCUAAAGUUAGAGAAGGUUAUCAGUCGAACAACUUUUUUUUGUAAAAUAAAUAAAUAAAUAAAGGAUUAAUUGAUGAAGAAUAAGUGCUUCCCCAAAUUACUAGACUAUAUAUUAAAAAGGGAUAAAUCAAUGAAUAGUAAAGGUUGAUACAUAUGUUGGUUCCUACGUAAUGUCGAACCUUGGAAAUGGCACCAAUAUUACGUUUAAUUUUUUUUAGAGAGACUCAAAAUAUGACUUUUCCAGGUUAAAUUACAGUCAAAUACCACACCUAGAUAAUUAGUGUCAUAAACUUGUUUCAAUGCAUAAUCAUGAAUCUUCAAAUUAACCUGGUAAUUAAUUCGUUUUCUGGAGGAAUGAAAUAUGAUAUAGUUAGAUUUUUCAAUAUUGAGAGAGAGCUUAUUUGCACAUGGCCAACGAUGUACAAUAGCUAUCUGAUCAUUUACAACAGAUUCCAAAGUUUCUAGUUUUUUAUGAGUAUAAAAAAGAUUUGAGUCAUCUGCAAAAAGAUGGACAUCUAGAAUUUUUGUGCUAUUUUGAAAAUCAUUAACAUAUAGCAAAAACAGAAGAGGUCCAAGAACCGAACCUUGUGGGACUCCACAGGAUAUAUACUGUAAUUCGCAUUGUACACUACCUAAACUGACAAAUUGCCUCCUAUUAAUUAAAUAUGACUUAAACCAUUCCAAUACUAUCCCUCUUAUUCCGUAAUGCUCAAGUUUCUGUAGUAAGAUGUGGUGGUUUACUGUAUCAAACGCUUUAGAUAGAUCUAAAAAUAUGCCGCAUGAAUAGUAUCCAUUCUCAAUUACUUUCUGUAUUUUAUCUGUUAUUGAAAGAAUUGCAUGUAAUGUAGAAUGUCUUUCAUCAUCAUCAUGUUCUUACCUAACUUUUAUCAUUCAUUCAAAUUUCAAAAUACUUUAUUCUUGGUUCUAAUACUUUCUUGACAAUACUUAAACCUCCUUCGGCUCCUUGUUUAUAAGAGGUUUUCGGAUAUUCGUUGUAUCCAUUGUAAAAUUCUCAUCUUAGUCUUCUUUGUAAAUAAUUUUCCUCAGUAGCAGUAUUUCAGCUCUAUAUACAGCAUCACUGGCCUAAUGACAAACAAAUUAACAGCAAAGGAACGCAUAGAUCUAUGUUUAAACAUCCUACUAUUUUUUUGUAACUCUGAAAUUCAACAGAGUUCAAAAUUCGCAUGAUCAAAAGAAAGACAUCCAUCCAUUUUUAUAUCAUUUCUUUAUUUUUUUCUUUUUGGUUCUUAAUAUCUUACUGCAUUAAUUCCUUUUAUUAUUAUUCGGUAUCUUUGGCCUCCAGCUCUGAUUAGCCUAUUGGUUAUUUUGGAGAGCCGGCUUCACUCUAUUUAUAAUUAUAAGUAACUAAUGAAUGAUUGUAAAAUUGUAGUGAAGCAACAAAACUUCUAAACUUCUACAGUAAUUUAUGCGAAAAUGGUAUCGAAUCACUUGUUGAAAAACGAAGCUAGCGAAGCUCUCUGGUUUAACUUACCAAUUAUCUAACUACUGUAUAAGAUUUCGAUUCUGAGCGCAAAAAAUAUUCAUGUUUAAAUAUUGUGUAAUAUCAUUUAGAACCAGGUCCUCCUAAAAAUCUGAUCGCGAUCACCACGUCAGUACGGAGUAUCAAGUUAACAUGGUCGAGACCUGAUGAACCAAAUGGUAGAAUAACUGAUUAUCAUAUUUCUUACUUCGGAAAUAUUAACAAGAUUAAUACUUACCAUGCUGAAGGCACGGGCACAUCUCAUGAGUUUGAGAACUUGACAGAAAAUCGAACGUAUUAUUUCAAGGUUUGUGCUUUGACGAGUAAAGGUGCAGGGAAUUACACAGAUUUCGUCAUGGUGAGCACUAGUAAAGGUAAAUAUCUUUGAUAUCAGAGAAUAUCGUAAUGGACUCUAGCAACAAGAUUCAAGAGCAUUUUUCUACGAUCUUUCACACACACGGUAGAAUGAAAAUGCUAGAUUGUUUGGAUAAGAAACCCUGUUUCCUGGUUUGCCCAUCCAUAGUCUAUCAAGAUAUGAUGGUUGGAAACUAAACACAAGUCAUUGUCCCCGAGCCAACGGCGCGGAGCACCGUUCCGGGUGUAAGCCCGGGGCGAGGGUACUAAUUCCGCCCGGUUGAAAGGAAAGGAAAGCACUAGCGAAGCCUAAAGUUCAUCAAGGAUCGCAGGCGCGUGACUAUGGUUCAUGGGUGGACCUUCUCACUGAUCUCAAAAAUAUGGCUGUUUGCUAGGAGUGGGAUAAGCAAGAUUUCAAUUUUCAAAAGCAUAUAUUUGGAAAAUCACGUUUCACCCAAUGAGCUUUGAAGCAAUUUUUGUUUGAAGAAAUGAGAAGAACUUAUUGACUAUGGGAAAUCGUGAAAAUGAUUAAUGUUUAUGAACUUUGUUGCUUUAACUUUUGCCUAAAACAUGAACUAUUUUCCUUUCCAGCGAAGCUGUAAGUUUCCUAACUAAAUUAUCCUGUUUAAUUUAAGAAAAAGACUUAAAAUGUAAAGGACAACAAAUUAAUUGAUUUGAAGACGGAACUGAAAUUACCUUGUUAUGUUUCAUUAUAAAGUAAAAACAGUUUAUCGGCAAGACCGCAAAUGUAGUUUUAAUAGUUGAAUCAUAGGCAGCCCAAAACUGCGUGUAGAAUGCACCAAAUGCUUGGGGCGAGCUUGCAUUCUACACGCAGUUUUGGGCUGCCUAUGGUUGAAUGCAGAACAUUUCAAACUGUCGAUUUUUUAAUAUGAAGCGUUUUACAUUAAAUCGAAUUUUACAUUAAAUCAAAAGUCACAAAAAGCAGAAUAACAUACAUACAGUAUAUAUUUCGGAAAUUCAUUGUUGUAUAGCUAAAAGUCCUAAUCUUUAAAUUAUUUUGCCGUUUUGUACAAAAAAUGUAAACCUAUUAAAAACUUGAAAAUUUAAAAAUAUCGUGUUGUCAUGGCAACAUUCAACGCGAGCCUGCGUUCAGUAUUGCCCUUUCGGAAUACUUUGUUAAUUCAAUGUUUGGAAAAUAUAAGCGAGGGUUGCUGCAUGCAUGUAUUUCUAGUAUUAUGUUUUGUCUCAGCUUAUUGCAUUUAUGAUUGAGCUUAUUGCAUUUUCUUGUAAUGAAGUAACCGUCCAAUAGGGAUAGCUGAGAUGAAACGUGCAACCACGAUGAAUAAUAUUUAAUGAAGUUGAGACAAAGGAUUUGUGCACGGUGAGGUACAGUUCAACAUCAAACAAAGUUCUUCUAUUUUGUGGCUUUGAAGUUUGCCGGGCUUCCAAACCAUCAUAUCUUGACAGACUGUGGCCCUCAGGAAACAUUGUAAAAACACGGCUAACAUUGAUUUCCCCAGCCAGGAGAGGCUAAGAAAUAAAGUUUCUUCAACGAUGUUAGCUGGUUUGAUCUUCAAUUAUCUUCCUUUCUGUACUAGGUCCUCCAUCAUUCAUCGGCAGUCACAGCGAAGACGUCACAGAAAGGUGGAAAAAAACCGUCACAUUAAUUUGUAGAUUUUCUGGGUUCCCUAUACCAACUAUCACGUGGUUAGAUUCGAAAGAAAAAGCGUUAAACUUUGGAGAUGCCAAAUAUCACGUGACCAUACAAGGACAUUUAGUUAUUCAUGAUUUGCGCAGAGAAGAUUCAAAACGUUAUGUAUGUAGAGUGACAAAUAAAUGGGGAACGAUUGAGAAAGGAAUUACGUUAAAAGUUCAAGGUAAGUUUGUGUUAAUCUUGAAAUUUGGUAUGUCGGCCAAGUCUUUUGAAAGACUAAUCUACCUAAUCUUUAUGGCCCGUAAACUAAAAUCAUACUCGAAAUAAAUUAUCAUAGUGUUCGGUAAUGACCUCCAACUCAGAUUUGACUCACUUGCCUUUAUGGUUUAUUCUAAGAAAAAUUUAGAACUGCACAUACAAGUGCCGAAAAUUUUUUUCUGGAACAAAUUAAUUUUGGCGACAUCUCCCCAUCGCCAAAAAAAUUUCGGUCAGUGUACCAUUUUAGGGGUCCAAAAAAUUUUUCCUACAUACCAAAAUUUUCCGGAACAUCAAACAAAGUUUCCACAAAUCACAAAAUUGACCACAAAAUUGACACAAUUCCCCACAAAAUUGACAGAAUUUGUCCCACUUAUUUUUUUAAUAAGCCAAUAUUCCAUUCGAGCAUCUCAGCAUCCACAAGGAACACGAGUAAAUGAGAAGACUGUUUUGGGGUUAGAUUUUCGUUAAUUUGGUUAAUUCACAUUUGAGUUUUAAGAACUGCACAUUUGAGUUUUAAGAACUGCACAAAUGGGUUUAGAACUGCACAUUUUGUGUAGAACUGCACGUUAAAAUAAACCCUGCUUGCCUUUAGCAAUGUCUCGCUGCUUAUUGCUCGCUACGUACAUUUUAUCACAUCUAUUCACCAUUCACAGAAUUACUGCAGCAUGAACCCAUAUAGCCUGAGACAUGAACAAUGCAUAAGACUGUAUGAUUAUAACAAUGAAGUUUACUGUGUUGAACGAUAUGCUCUAAUAAUUCAACGUAUUAAACCUGUUUUUCUUUUCAACUAUAACAUAAUGAAAGUUUAAGAUAAGGAGCAGAGCCCAGCAAAUAACUUUAAAACCAAACAUAAUAAAAUUAUAAUUAUAAACAUAAUUUGGUUUUAAAGUUAUUCUCUGCUAAACAUCGGAAAUUUUCGAAAAGCUAAAAAUGUUUGGCCACGUUGCCCUAUUUUCUUGCAUUUUUUACUAUUAUCUUACAUAUUUCUUGUUUUUCAGUUUAUUUUCCCCACUUUUUCCAACUUAUGUUCAACAUUUGCCCGACUUACGUUCAAAAUUUGCCCAACUUAUCAACAUUUCAAUUUUUGGGGGGGACCAGCUUCCCCCCCCCCCCCCCCCAGCCUCGCACGCCAAUGUCUAUAUCCAUAUGCUUUAAGUGACCCUGUACUAGGUAGCUAGUUUGUAAACACAGUUCGGAGGAUGAGUUUGGUCACAGUUUUAUCUUCAUUUAGAUCCACCAGAUCCUCCGAAGAGUAUCAGGUUUAUCGGGAUCAAUUCAACCGCAGUAAAAAUCUCCUGGCUCAAUGGUUUCGAUGGAAACUCCAUUAUCACUGGAUUUCUAUUGAAAUACCAGAGACAUAUUGAUUCUGAAUGGAAAGAAUUACGUCUAUCGGGUGAUUUAACUGAGUUUAUGAUGAACAAUGUCGAAUCUGAAAGGAAAUAUUCUUUCAUGAUGAAAGCAAGUAAUGAAAUAGGAGACGGAAAUUUCAGUGAAGCAAGGAAUAUAAAAUUUGUUGGAGAUGGAGGUCAGUAAUUCGUGUAGAUCAAUUUCUCGUAUACAGAGUGUAUCAAAACAAGGUUAUCCAAGUUUGCUGCACUGAGCUCCAUAUAUAUCUGGAGCGAGAACUCGAGUCCAAAAAGUGAAGGCAAGAUGGCGGAAAUUGAAGAAUUAUUGGACGUCCGUUCCAGUCUCUUUCUAUUAUUUGUCUGCGCGGUUGACACGAAGCUAGCAAGGAGUGUGCCGAAAUAUUUGUCAAUUUGAUAUCAAUUUAAAGAAUAACACUAUCGCUUUAUGAACUGAUAAAUUGUUUGGCGAUAUGGUCCGUUAAAAAAAACUAGAAUUAUUAUGGUAUUAAAACUAUUUACGACCUUCAGAGAUAUUGGACGUCAAUGACCUCCAUCUUCAGAGAGAGAGAGAGCUCUAUAGCUCUAUUUUGUAUCAUAUUACUGAGCCAUUAGUUUUGCAUUAUUAUACUUUAAAGAGUUACAUUUUAUACUUAAAUAUAUUUCAUUGUUGUUAAUGUAGCAGGACCUUACCGAAAAACACAUUGUGACGUAGUCUUCCUGAUAUAUUAAAAAUUGAUUGAUUGAACUCGUUAGGCUCCACACAUUUUGAUCAAAGCAUGCGUUGGUCAAAGAUAUCGUUAAACAACGCUUUACUGGCGAGAAAUUAAUCUCAAAAUAACAUAUUAUAAAGUCAACAAGUAUUGAAAAGAACUAACAACAUAUAACAUCAGCAUACGCUAAUGUGAGAAUAGGCAUACCAUAUACGCUAAUGUGCCAUCUAUGAGCACGGGCUUACGACUAUGUAACAAUAUCAAACAGUCGGGCAUGCUUCUGGUAUCUAAUCCUUCCAGCCCUUUUUAUCACGCCCUCUCUAGUGAUUUAAGGUUGUAAUCUACCCAAGCUAUUUUAAAAACAUCGUGUAUAUACAAAUUUCUUAUACAAAAUUCAAUUUUAUAAUUAAGGGGGAGGGGGGGAGUUGGGGGCGGCGGCGCAACCAACCAACCUGCCAUUCACUCAUAGGUCAUGGUCAUAUUCUUCAACUCAAGACAUCAGUCAAUGAUCAGAGCCGAAAGUUGUGGGAUGUUUCCUUACAUGUGACGACAUAUCAGUCUUAUAUCAUUUGAAUUUUCCUUAAUAAAACAGAACGUUCCUUUUGUUGCAGUCAUUCUGAAUCCAGUUGAAGAAGGAGAUAUUGAAGACGAGAUUGAAACGAAGUCUUCUCACAAAACGAUAUUUAAAGAUUCUGCAGUUUUGGGAACGUUGAUUGGAGUUUGUCUUUUUAUUAUUAUUGUCAUUGUUAUUCUGGCUUUGCUCACGAAACUGGGCUAUAGUCCCGGAUCUAAACUGGCUCAAAGUAAGUUUGCGUAAAUUUUAUCAUAGAAAUAACAUAGUUUUUCACAUGUUUAUAUGAUAAUUUUGAGGAUACAUCUAUUUGUAGAGGUGAACACAAAGAACGGUAAAGAUAAAAUCGUCACUCCUUCUAGAAUCAGUUGUACAGUGGUUAUAUAAUUAAGUGAGAAUCUGCAAAGUCUUAUUUUAGUAAAAUUCGCACUAAAACGUUCAAAUUCAAACUGUGUUUCAGGAUCAGUUGAAGUUUGGAGAUGGUUUGUUGCAAAAGGACUCUCGGCCACAGACCAUAGGUAAGUUAUUUAUACAGAUCUAAACCACAGUGGCUCUCAUCCUUCGUUAGUCAGAACUCUUGUGUAGUCUUCCAUAUAUCACUCCAUCCAUUAUCGUUUCCACCUUUCCUUUCAUGCACUCUUAACUCACUUUGUAUUUAUCGUCCGUUUUAAUAAAAUCUCAUUGUUCUACUUUUUGUCUGUAUAAAUCAGGGUGCGAAUUAACGUCCACAAAUCACAAAUCGUCAUUCCAAAGAGCAACUUUGUAGGCCAAAAAAUUAGCAGAUAAAAUUUCCCGGAAAAGUUUCUAGGCCAACAUUUCAGUUAGCUUAAAAACUGAGUCUGAGCAUCCCUUGCGGAACGACUAUGCAGAAAUAUGCAAGUAUUCAGGUGUAUGUCCUGUGUUAUAGUGCAGGCCUUAAAAUAUCGGUCGGUCACGGACAUUGUCCGACCCAUUCGUCAAAUUGUCCGACGUAGAGAGAAAACCACCGGACAUUCUGUCCGACCUAAGUGAAAGUGAGGUUUAUUCUUUGUCCGACCAGAGGAAUUGGCGUCCGACCGAACUGUAGCUUUGUUCGACGCUUUCUCCACGCACGUAAAUCAAAAUGUACCCUAGUCCAGGACUAGAAGCUCGUAUGUUAUAAUGGAGAACCAGAGUAUUGUACAAAAAUGAACCGGAAAUGUUGUUUUUAAUGAUGUCACCGCCGUAGCACGGGGCGGCGAGCGAAAUGGUGAAGUGGAAACUGGCUUAUAAUUAAGUUGUUGAAGUCGUACUGCUAUUAUUGGCAAGCAAGUUAAUCUUGGCUUGGAAAUAAGUAUGAAUGACACAAAUUAUUUAAUAUCUUCACAACAUUUAGUUCUGAAUUAAGAUAAUGUGCUGAUAUUAAUUUGCGUCAUUCAGACUUAUUUCCGAGCCAAACUGAACUGAAGGUCAUCGGACAUCAUCAUACAUAUGUCCGACCCAAACUAAAAGUCAUCGGACAUUCUGUCAGACGGCCCUGUAAAAUAUAUUUUAAGGCCUGUUAUAGUGGACCUAAUAUUUCCAAGUAAUUUGCAGCCAAUAAUUCUAGCUUCCGCGCCACGUUGCGGAACUGCGUGCGGUAACAACAUAUAUAUUUUUCGUUUAUUUCCUAGAAGAAACACGAAGCGUAGAUCAGGCGGUUCUUCAACUGACGGCCAUCUUGGCGGUUCAUCGUCAUCAUUAAGUCAAGAACGUGCAUCAAAUAAUGGUUCAACAUUUAGCGUACCUCGAAGUUCCAGCAGAGUUACAGAAUCUGGCUAUGCCACCAGCGUCUUUCCAAUACCUCUACCGUUCGGUAACUAUACUCCAGGUAAUAAACUUCGGCUAAACUUGCAUGUACGGUUUAUUCUAAUCCAUUUUUAGAUGAAUAUUAGAGUCUCCAUGCAUCUCUAUCGCCUACGUGGUACUAAUAUAUAUAUACUAACGACGUUUUUUUGGAGGGGGUUGAGGGGGGGGGGGAAUACCAAAAGAGAAUUCGACCACAAGCUUAACCUGCGAAAAAAUAUCGUGCACAAUGAAACCCUCAGAAAAAAUUCAUGCAAAUCUUCAUAUUUUUGGAACAAUUUUAUCCCCGAGACAACGGCGUGGAGCGCCGUUCCGGGCGUUAGCCCGGGGCGAGGGUACUAAUUCCCACCGGCCAUUUACACCUGGAGAAAGGAAAGCAUUAGCGAAGUCUAAAGUUCAUCAAUGAUCGUGGGCGUGUGACUAUGGUUCAUGGGUGGACCUCCUCACUGAUCUCAAAAAUAUGGCUGUUUGCUAGGAAUGGGGUAAGCAAGAUUUCAAUUUUCAAAAGCAUAUAUUUGGAAAAUCACGUUUCACACAAUGAGCUUUGAAGCAAUUUUUGUUUGAAGAAAUGAGAAGAAUUGAUUUACUAUGGGAAUCGUGAAAUAUAGUGCAAGUUUGCUUUGAAUGUUUAAUGUUUAUGAAUUUUGUUGCUUUUAAUAAUUUCUUGCGUAUUAAAAGUAGAUGCAGCUUUCCUUUUCAGUCAAGCUGUAAUGUUGUUCAAAAAAAAUAUAAAAUUUAAGAUUGUCGUGUUGCCAUGACAACACUGACGUAAACGCGAGCCUGCGUUCAGUGUUGGAUUGGAUUGGAAAACUUUAUUUAAACAGGUUAGCCUCUUCAGCUGAAAGCUGGUAUUCAUGAGGGACCUACAUUUAAAUUAUUUUACACAAAUGUAUGUAGUAAUAAGAUCUAAACAUGCAAUUCACACUAUCAAUUACGUAAAUAAUUCCAAAUUAGAGUUUUGAAACUAGAAAGUGUUGUUGCCUCUUUAACUCUAAUACUAGUAAUAGGCAAUUUAUUAUAUUGUAAAGGUCCAUUAAAUCUAAAGGUUCUCUUACCAAGUUCAAGCUUCAUCUUAGGAAGAUGUAGAUCGUUUUUCCUCCUUGUAUUGUGUUGAUGAAUCUUAUAGUUUUGAAUAAGAAGUUCGCUUAUAUUACUAGAAUAAAGGUCAUUUAAUUAAACAUUUAUAAACAAAAAUACAAACAUGCAUUUUUCUUCUUUUUUGUAAACUUAUCCAGUUUAAAACACAAAAUGUGUCAACAGAGGACGAUCGUUUAAGAACAAGACGCGCCGCUUGGUUUUGAAGGCGUUGUAAUUCUUGACUGUAACCUUCCGAUAAUUGUGCCCAAGCUACAUCGCAGUAAUCAAAGAUGGGUAAUAUCACGGUAGGAAAAAAAGACAGCAAACUGGGCCAAGUUUUUAUAACUUUUUGACCAUAGUUUGGAAUAUCACGAAACUUGAUAGAACUUGGCAUUCCUAAAAAUGGUAUCGUUUUCAUCUUUCGAUUUUGUUACAUUUUGGCGGGAAAAUGACGUGCCAGCUUUGGCGCCAGAAAAAAUAAACACGAGCUAAGAACAUGCUAGUAACUUAUUUGAAGAGAUUGUCCCAUAAGGAUCUCAAAACUGUAAAGACAUUGAAAAUACGCCAAAGCAGGGCAAAAAUAUGGUGCUUAAAAGUCUGAAAAAUCCGCCAUUUUGUUACUAAAAAUAGAUUUUUUUCGAACUUUGAAUCGCCAUAUCUUCGCACUGCCUUGUUGUAUUUUUAAUGUUUUUACAGUUUUGAGAUCCUCAUAGGAUAUUCUCAUCAAAAAAGUCGCUAGCAUGUUCUUAGCUCGGGAUUAAUUUUUUGGCGCCAAAGUUGGCACGUCAUUUUCCCGCCAAAAUGUAACAAAAUCGAAAAACAAAAACAAUACGAUUUUUGGGAAUGGCAAGUUCUAUCCUGUGAGGAAGUUUCGUGAUAUUCCAAACUAAGGUCAGAAAGUCAUAAAAACAUGGCCCAAUUUGCUGUCUCAUUUUCCCACCGUGUAUUAAUUAACAAUUAUUCGCCGAAGGCGAGGUGAUUAUCGGUGAAUAAAAACCGAGACGAAGUCGAGGUUUUUAUUCACGAUAAUCACCGAGCCUGAGGUGAAUAAUUGUUUUAGUAUAAUUUCAUAGGUGAUUAUUUGGAAAAAAAAUAAGAAAAUACAUAUUUCUUCGUCAUUUAAUUGACAAAAAGGCUUCGGCCGCCAUUUUGAAAAUCGCUUAGGUGAUUAUCGCGUAAUAAUCACCUCAACGGCAACCAAUCAGCGUGGAGAAUUUUCAAUAAUCACCUAUGUAAUUAUACUAAUCCAUUAUAAACAGCUUUUGCAUCCUCCAAUGUUAAAUAUGCUCUAAUCCUGCUCAUUAUCUUUAACCUUAUGCCAAUAUUCAUACUCCUAGAUAGGUAAAUUGACCGACCUGUUUAAUAUUCUGUCCAUACAGACGGAUGUUGAGAUCAUGAGCCGCAUCAAGUUUUUUCUUUGUUCCAAAUAACAUUGUCUUGGUCUUUUCCUCACUUAUAACCAGCCUAUUUUGUUCCAAAUAACAUUGUCUUGAUCUUUUCCUCACUUAUAACCAACCUAUUUUGUUCCAGCCAUAUCACCAACCUAUUAAAGUUAUUUUGUAAAAUGUCUCGAAUUUUAGCAGUUGAUUUAUCAGAGUAAUGAAUCAUAGUGUCAUCCGCAUACAUACUUAUAGAACAUUCAUUAAGACAUAUAGGAAGGUCGCUUAUGUACAGGAUAAAAAGUAAAGGUCCAAGUAUUGAACCUUGGGGAACACCAUGGUCAUUACUUGCACUGUCCGAUAAAUCUUGACCAAAUUUUACCCUUUGUGAGCGUGUAGUUAAAUAGUUUUGGAAAUUAGAUUUCCCAGACUUUAUAUACCAUAAUGUUCCAGUUUGUAAAGCAAGCAAUCGAGGUCCACGAGGUCAAAAGCCUUUUUUAAAUCUAUAAAAACAGUACCAGUAGUUUUUUGUUUAUCCAUAUUAUCGAGAAUUUUAUCAACGAGUGACACAACAGUAGUUUCCGUAGAAUGCUGCUUUCGAAAACCUGAUUGAUGGGUGGAAAGGAUAUUGUUCUCUUUAAUGAAAUUAAGAAGUUGUAAUUGUAUAGCUCGUUCCAUCACUUGCGAGAUCAAUGGAAGAACCGAAAUGUGUCGAUAGUUGUCUGCAUCAUUCCUUUUGCCUUUUUUUAUAGACAGGGACUACUUUUGCCUCUUUCCAUUCAGAAGGAAUUUGUCCAGUGGUGAUAGUUAGGUUUACUAUGUGCGCAAUCGGUUUUGCUAAUACAGAACCAGAAUCCUUUAAGAGUCUAGCAGUUAUUCCAUCGAGGCCUGUUGCUUUAGAAAGUUUGAACGUUGUCGAUUCAUUCACGACAAAAGUAAUAGAAACGUCGUGUAUCACAAAAUCUUUUACAAUUCUCGGGGAUAAGAUCCUGGGCAUGGAAGAAACUGAGCUAAAAAUAUUGCAUAAUUUUGUUGCAAUUGUCGAAAAAAAUUGACUAAAUCUCGUGGCAUUUAAAGCUACGUUUAUACCGGUGUUUCGUAGCCUUCUAUAGUUACUCCAAUGAAUUUCUUUAUUAGUGCUAAUUGCCUUUCUGUGGUGAUAAUCUCGCUACUUCAUAAGAUCUUUAAUGUAGUGUGUUAUCCAGGGUAACGACUUACCUCGGACACGUUUUUCAAUAAUGUGCGCGUGUUUAUCAUGCAAAUUCAGGGUCAUUUUCCAUCUCAAUAAUGUCCCAGGGGAUAUGACUAAUGUCACACUUCACAUAAAUCAGUGUCAAAAUGUUUAUAAUUUCUUGCCCGAAUAAAUUUAGACGGAAGGGACUUUACUCGAUGUAGUUUUCUUACCCCAAAGAUAGCAAAAUGGUCCGUAAAACCGACCGGGAAUACUCCAGAACGAUAAAGUUCAGGUUUUGUAGUGAAUAUUAAAAGUUGAUCAUUUACUAAUGCGGUACUUCAUGUAAGUCAAUGUUUGGAAAAUAUAGGCGAGGGGUUGCUGCAUGCAUGUAUUUCUAGUAUAAUCUCAAAUAAUCUCAUAGCCAGUAGUAGUUUGGUUUACAGCUAACACGGACUUUUUGCCAUGAUUUCCAAUUUACGUAUCAAAAUUAUUUUCAGGAAAUAACGGUGGGGUCCGUGCAAGUGGCUCUUCAGAUGAAGGGAUUGGACCUGAGACACGGAGUGAGAUACGAGUUGACAGUGGGGAUCAGGAAUAUCGUCAACCAUCCAUACCACCACGAUCAUCAAAUGGUACACCUGCACCACUCACCUUAAUCAUGAGUUCAAGGUAAGAUGAGCUCUUCACAAUUAAAAAUAUUCAUUAUUGCCUUUUGUAUAUAUAUCCCAAGUUAAUAACAAUUUAUGGCAAUUUUCAAGUGAAUUCUUGUUGUUGUUAUUUGCUGUGUUGGUGUAAUGUACUCAGGUAGAUAAGAUUAUGAUGUUACUCUGAGUGUAUAUCCACACCGGGCAGGCUUGAAAAAUAUGCCUGACCACGGUGGGAAUCAAACCUUCGACCUUUGGAACACUAGGCCAAGCAUCUUGUUGUUGUUGUUGCAGGGAGUAUAUUGACCCUGAAGGAGUUGAACAAGAGAAAAGUCCUUUAAAACGACAAAGAAAUCAACAAGACAAGAUGGCGGAGGAGAUGAAAGAAAAUGAAAGUGAAGACAUUUCUCCUGAUAUUUCUCCACGAGGCAAAGAGAGAAUAUAUUUCCAAUCAUUAGGACAUUGCUUGCCUGUCAAUAUGUCACCAGGACGACCCAAAUACGAGGAUGCACAUUUUAUCAUUGGCCCGGAUGUUGAUCGCAUUCUCGCGUACAGACCACCUCGGUGCUACGACUCAACAUCUUCUGAAUAUAGUUCAUCACGUGACGAGUUAGCACAGGCCUAUGAGUUCGGUAAGUUACAUCAUCUUGAUGAUUUCUAUGGCAGACCUACACUUGAAUCGGCCUCGAGUUCAGGUGAGACAGCUGGCAGUGAUAAAGAUGGAAUAUGUCAUUUCACAUCUGAGCUAUCAGUAGGACGACCUUUUCUUAUUCCAGUCGCCAUAUUGCCUCCACCACCAAACCAACGACUCAGGACCAGAGAUCGUAAAAGAAAUCCACAAGGUGCUCCACUCAAUACAUAUUAUGAAAAAGAUGAAACUCUUGUGUAGCUGAAAAAUACUCUAUAUGCUGCCUUGCAUGCGAGGAAUAAUGAAUAUAUAUCUACGAGAUUGUUCAAUGUAAAUAAUAAAUAUCUUACAGUAUAACGUUAAUAGAACUGGUUACAGAAUCGUUCCUUUAUAUUUCCGCGUUGUUGUGCGAGGAGCGAAAUAUUUAGUUUAAAAACUGCAAACCAUUUUGUGUCAAGUUUAAAGUUAUAAAAUAUUGGGGGAAAUAUUUAUAUUAUUUUAUCUAGUUGACAUUUGAUGUAAAGACAAUUUACUCAAUGUAGUAAUAACUGAUUAUUUAAAAUAAAUUAUUACGUAUGAA